AGCCGUCUCGGGCCCUGGCCCCCGUCGGUGGGGGCGUGGCGUCGCGGGCCGGGCCAUGCGCCGCGCCUGCGCCGCGUGCACCCUCCUCUGCGACGACCCGGGCCAGGAGGCUUGUGAGGCCUGCGGCACCCCGCUGCCCCACGCGCUGGGCGGCAGCGACGCCUCGGGGGCGGAGCACCUCCCCAGUAUCGUUCUACUUAUCCCCAUUCCCACCGUGCCAUGGCAUCUCAGCCCCACCAUCCCGUCACCCCGGUCGGGGAUAGUCGAAACCUGAAGGGAACAGCCCAUAUCCCCAUCUAGUGGGGUAAAUCGGCCAGUGGGGCCCAGGCUAGCCCAGUGGGGACAGGGAUCGGUUAACCACGAUAGGUCUUGCAUACUCCCCUUUUAUGGGCAACUAAUUCCCAACCGUCCUGUGGUGUUGUGUC